AUGGGCUUCUCUUUCAAGGGACUGACCACCAGUGCUCUGGUUGGCGGCAACAUUGCCAACAACCAAGCUGCCAACGAAAAGGACAUUUCCCAUGUUCCUGCUGCCGUUGAUGGUCAUGCCAGCAUGCAUGUCUCUCAUCGCACCGAUGAGAAGAACGGCGCACCGAGGACCCCAACCUCCAUGUCAAACGCUUCCGAUGAAGAGCUGAACAAGGUCGACACAACCGCCGAGCAAGGUGUACAGGCUAUCCAGGCUGUCACCUUUGUCUGGACAAAGAAGGAUCUGAUCACGGCCUACAUCUUCAUGUGGCUCAUCCAGUUCAUGAUGUCGUUCUUCUCUGGUUGUGUCGGUACCCUCACGCCCUAUGUCACCAGUUCCUUCUCGCAGCACUCACUCACUGCUCUGACUGGCGUCAUCUCGUCGCUUGUCGCCGGUCUCUGGAAGCUGCCCUAUGCAAAGAUUAUGAACAUCUGGGGACGCCCGACUGCGCUGGUCAUCGGUGUCAUCUGUUACAUCAUGGGCCUCAUCAUGAUGGCUGGCUGCAAGAACGUCCAGACAUACUGUGCCGCCUACACCUUCUAUUACAUGGGCUACAACAGCAUCGAUUUCUCCAUGACCGUCUUCAUCGCGGAUACCUCCAAGCUGAAGAAUCGAGCCCUUUUCAUCGGCUAUGCGUCAUCGCCUUGGCUCAUCACUACCUGGGUGUAUGGAAUGGCCGUCGACCAUAUGGUUGCGCCCGGUGGCAUUGGGUUCAAGUGGGGAUUUGGUAUUUUUGCCAUCAUCGCCCCCUUCGUGUGCGCGCCUUUGAUCACCAUGUUCUACAUCAACCAGAACAAGGCUAGGAAGCAAGGCUUGAUCACCCCAAACCAAAGCCGCGGCUCGUUCGCUCAGACCGCCAUGUACUACCUCAAGGAGUUCGAUGUCAUUGGCAUCUUUAUCCUUGCUCUCGGUCUCGCGCUCUUCCUGCUCAGCUUCAAUCUUUACACCUACCAGAAGGACCAAUGGAGGUCUCCCCUCAUCCUCUGCUUCCUCGUCAUCGGUUUCCUCCUGUGCAUCUGCUUCGGUUUGUGGGAGAAAUAUUUUGCGCCCGUCACCUUCAUUCCUUGGCACUUGCUCAGGAACCGCACCGUCAUCUUCACCUACACCAUGGCCGCAUCUCUCUACAUUGCUUGGUACAUAUGGGAUUCUUACUUUUACUCCCUGUUGAUCGUUCUGUUCAACCAGCCGGUCCUCUAUGCCACGUACAUCACCAACACCUACACCAUGGGCAGCUGCACUAUGUCUAUCAUCUUUGGUUUGAUGCUUAGGAAGUACGGCAAGCUUAAGAUGUACGCUCUCUUCCUUGGCGCACCUCUGACCAUUCUUGGCUGUGGUCUCAUGAUCAAGUUUCGCCAGCCCAAUGUCAACAUCGGCUACAUCGUCAUGUGCCAGGUCUUCAUCGCUUUUGGUGGCGGUAUCCUCGUCGUCGCCGAGCAGACAACUCUCAUGGCUGUCUCCAAGCAGCAAGACUUUCCUGCUCUGCUUGCCGUCGAGGCCAUGAUUAUCUCCGUUGGAGGUGCCAUCGGUUCCACCAUCGCUGGUGCCAUCUGGACUGGUGUCUUUCCUGUCCGCCUGGCUACGAAUCUUGCUGGCACAAGCGCUGCGAAUGACGUUCUAUCCAUCUACGGUGCUUUGGAUGUUCAAUCUAGCUACGCGUGGGGCUCUCCUGAGCGCGAUGGCAUCAAUCUUUCCUAUGCCCAGACCCAACGCUACAUGCUUAUUGGUGGCACCUGCGUUUACGCUACUCUCCUCAUCAGCAUUGCCCUGUGGCAGAACGUUGACGUUAGGAAGAUGAAGCAGAGAACCAUUGGCCUCUUGUAA